AUGGCCGACCCGCAGGUGGUAGCGGCUGCGGUGAGCGAGCUGGAGAGGCGGGGCGUGCGUGGGGUGCGGCGGGCGUGGGUGGAGGCGGCAGUAGCAGGCGGAGCGGGGUCGGCGGCAGCGGUGUGGGAGACGCUACUGGCGACCGACGUGUCGUGCGGGGCGGCUGCCGGGCGGGAGGCUGGAGAAGGCGAGGCGCGGAGCGGAGCGAGGUGGGUCGAGCCCGUAGUGGCGUUGUCGGGCCUGCCAGACGGCGUGGUUACCCGGCACCGCGAGGUGAUCGCCGGCCCGGCGCUUCUCCAGCUGACGGAAGCAGUGGACGUGGGCAAUCCGCCGGCGGCGGGCGAUGCCAGCGCGUCGGCGACGGUGGCGGCGCUGGCGGAUGGCGGCGAUGACGACGACGGCGAGUGGGUCGAGUACACGACGCUCGGUCAGCGGGCGGCUCGGAGUAAUCCGCGGAUGCUCCGGCUCGCGCUGCACGACGGGAUGCAGGCGGUCCACGCGCUCGAGAUCGAGGGACUGCCUGUCCUCGACGGCCUGCAGCCGGGGUGCAAGCUCCUGCUUGGCAACGUGGCCAUUCGCCGCGGGCAUCUGCUCCUCGACUCGACGACCAAGAUCGAGGUGCUUGGCGGCGAGGUGACCGACUGGGGCGUGGCGCCGCCGGAUCCUGCGGCGGCGCGGGUGCUCGCCAACCGGGCUGCGGUGGUCAUCGAGCUCAGCGACGACGACGACGACUUUGCCUGACAGGGCCAUCGUGACAGUGUAUGUAUAUGUGUGUUCAUAUCGGCACAGGACUACACGCCCCACUUCUUGCGGAGGGCAAAGUACUGGCCGAGGCGGGCGGCGGCAAACUCGAGGAAGCCAAACUCGUCCGAGGGGUUUGCGGCGCGGACGAUGGCCCAGAGGCCCCAGAGCAUGUGUGAGGCGAGCGAGCAGAUGCGUGCCUCGUGCAUGAGGUCCGGGAUGGCGGCAGCAACAGCAGCCGGGUCGGUGACGCCGGUUUCGGCGAGAUAGGCGGUGAAGAACGCGGUCUGGGUCUCCUCGCUCGGGUAGUUGUCGGGGUUGAGGACAAAGCCGGGAUGGCCGUCGACCGAGUAGUUGAUAGAGGCCUCGGCAAAGUGGUUGCCAAAGUCGAAUCCGCGCCAGGCGUACAUGCCGUACUCAAAGUCGACAAAGGUGACCUCGCCCUCGCGGCCGGGCUCGCGGAGCUGAAGGAUGUUGGCGGCGAGCAGGUCCAUGUGAGUAAAGGUGACCGGAGCGUUGAGCGAAGCGAGGAGGUCGAUGAGCGAGGCAACUUCGGUGUG